AUGGAGACGGCCCUCAUUGUUUACAGCUCCUCUCUGCGCUCCUCCACGUUUCCCCGCAGCCACCGCCGGGACGCGGGUCGCCGCAGAGCUCGCCGCCGCUUUGUUUCUGUAAACGUUCAUUCAGCUGAACAUCUGCACAAAGACGAGGCUCUGAGCUUUUAUUCUGAAGGUUUCUGUUCACUUCCUGUUCUGAUGAUGAUGAUGAGGAGCGGAGGAGGAGGAGGAGGAGGAGCGGGGCCGGGUGGGCGGUGGCAGGGUCAGGUCUCUGCUGGGUCUGAUCGCUGUCACGCCCCCGCAGACCUACCUGUACCUGUAGGCGCCGUGCUGCGUUCAGGUGCCGCAGGAAAACACGGACGCUGCAGAAAAACACCUGAGGUGGAAAUUUAAGAGGUCAGAGUCGGAGUCAACCGGCCUGUUUCCUCCUCUGACGAGCUUCACGUGGACGCUGCGCCUCCUCCUCCUCCUCCUCCUCCCACACUCUCCCCUCCAACAUCCAUCUUUAAUGUAAAAACCUCCGACAGAACAAUGGCGCCUCCCUGGGCGCCGGCCCUGCUCGCUAAUAAUUAG